AUGACAAGCUUCUUCAAUUCCCCCCCAAAAGUCAUCGGCGUGUCGAUCGCUCUGCGCGCCGUGCUACUAGUCUACGGCGCCUGGCAAGACGCCCACUCCCCCAUCAAAUACACCGACAUCGACUACCUCGUCUUCACCGACGCAGCGCGGUACGUCUCGCGCGGUACAUCGCCCUACGCGCGCGACACGUACCGCUACACCCCGCUGCUCGCCUGGCUUCUCCUCCCGACGACAUGGGACACCAUCCCCGGCUUCUUCUCCUUCGGGAAGGCGCUGUUUGCGCUUGCGGAUGUUGUUGCGGGCUGGUUGAUUGCCAGAGUGCUCGUCUCGGCGUAUGGGAUGAGUCAGGAGCGGGCGCUGAAGUACGCGAGUGUCUGGUUGCUGAACCCCAUGGUUGCGAAUAUCAGUACCCGCGGCAGCUCGGAGGGGUUGCUGGGGGUGUUGGUUGUGGGGUUGUUGUGGGCGGUGCUCAGCCGGAGGGUGAGUCUUGCGGGAGUGAUUUUGGGCUUGGGUGUGCAUUUCAAGAUUUACCCGUUUAUUUAUGGGCCGGCGGUGAUUUGGUGGUUGGAUGCGGAGAGGGAUGGUUCGUCUUCCCCUGGGGGUACACCUACAGCUAGAGCUAGAGCUGCGCAGGAGAAAGACAAAGGGCAAGACAUCCUGUCCAAGAUGGUCAACUUCCUCACCCCGGCCCGCAUCCACCUCACGCUCGUCGCACUGGCUACCUUCUCCGCCCUCAACGUCUCAAUGUACAUCCUCUACGGCCUCCCCUUCGCCCACAACACCUACCUCCACCACCUCACCCGCAUCGACCACCGCCACAACUUCUCCCCCUACAGCACCCUCCUCUACCUCUCCGCUGCGGGCGGCGCCCGCACCGCCUUUGAGUCGCUUGCUUUCAUCCCUCAGCUGCUUUUGUCGGUGGUCGUAAUCCCGCUCGUCCUGGGGAAGAAGAGCCUGGCGGGGACGAUGCUCGCGCAGACGUUUGCGUUUGUGACGUUUAAUAAGGUCUGUACUAGUCAGUAUUUCCUCUGGUACCUCAUCUUCCUCCCAUUCUACCUCCCGGCUUCAUCUUUGAUGAAGAAUCCGAGAAAGGGGGUAAUGGUUGGACUGUUAUGGGUUGUUGCUCAGGCUCUCUGGCUGCAACAGGGCUAUAACCUCGAGUUCCUGGGUCUGUCGAGUUUCGUACCGGGGUUGUUCCUGGCGAGUUUGUUUUUCUUUGCGGUCAAUGUUUGGAUUCUGGGGAUUAUUGUUGAGGAUGUGGGUGGCUUAGCUUGA